AUGCAUAUACAGGAAGGAACGAACACAACUCUGACAACAUGUACCAAAAUGACAGAAGAAUUAGACAGAAGACAUGGUGUAAAUGGUAGCAAAGUUCUUAAUGACGAUCCUCCCGCACAGAAUGCAACGCCCGCGGCGACGGGUGGCAGGCUUAAGUUCUUCAAAGAUGGAAAAUUCAUUCUGGAGCUGGUCCGCGGCGGGGAGCGGGCAGGCUGGGUGUCGGUGCCGCGGAAGACGUUCUGGCCUCCGGCUGGAGCGCCCGGGACGCCGCCGCCGCCUCACGCCGCUGCGCCUUGCGCUACUCUAUCGCUGUCCGACGACAACUCGUCGUUACAUUCGUCGCCCUGCGCCUCACACCGUGAUCACGCUUUCAAGCAGCCUGCCCCGCGCCGCAACCUCUCCAAAGAGUUAGCCAUGUACUACUGCCGGCCUUCCACCCUAUCCGCCGCUCUCGUUCGAGCCGCCUCGCGCCUAAAGCGCCGUCGCCCUCAUGAUCCCGCCCACCACGACGCUUCGCCCGACGAGGCUAAACGGAACGGCGAAGUCGCCGACGAUAAGACCUGCAGAGGGGAGGACGUCGUCGACGCCCCGAUCGAAACGAAAACGAAACACGACAAAGAUCGGUGGACGGAUUUAGAUCGAGAAAAAUAUUAUCAUAUGAAACUCAAGAAACCGUAUCAGUAUCAUAAGUUAAGGGUUUACAAAAAGAGGAAACCGACCGCUAAAAGAAAGGAGCUAUCGCAAAUCGUAGACAAGCUCCGGGAGAAAGUCGCGGCGUUUCCGGUCCUCGUGAAUGCGAAAUUGGCGAACUGUCGCCAAGAGCAUGUGAUAGUGUCGCCUCGGAAGCGAAUUCUUAGGGAAAUGGAAAGAGUUAGUCUCGAGGACCAGGCGACAAAGAGGCGGGCCAAGACCGUGCCGACGCUGAGUACGGCGUCGUACCCGCCGUCGCCGGGGCCCAGCCACACGCCGCACCGCGCGCCAGAGACGACGCGCGCGCAGAACGGCACACUGCCAAAGAAGGAGACGGUGUCCAAAAACGUGAGCAGUUACAGCAUACACUCCUUGCUGAGCAUGCCGGAAGAGACCGGCACGCGGCGGUCGCCGGAGGCGAAGAGGUCUCCCCACUCGUAUCCGCCGUCGUUGAAGACGGAGUCUCCGUCGAGCGUGACCUCCCCGGACCUGAGUCCCAGUCCCGACGGGUAUCGGUACCGGUAUGGGCUAUCAUUGGACUCGCCCGGACGCGGGGCGGCUCGGGAUUCACCGACGCCGCCGACAGGGGCGGGUGUGGCGUAUCGCGGGUACGCGGCACCCGGCUACGCGAGGGCGCCGCCGGCGUACCGCGGUUCGCCGGGGCGAGAGGACUGGCCUCCCUACGUGUACGGUUACGCCUACCCGCCCCUGUACCGGGCCCCCGCUGCGCCUGCGCCGCUGUGGAUGCACUAUGCGAUGUCUCCCGGCGUCCCUCCUGGCGCCUGGCCACCGCUCGCCCAUCCCUUGCUCACGGAUCACCUACCUAAAGACGAACCCACUUCAGAUUUGCCAUUGAACCUGUCGAAGCACUGA